GUCAUGUGAUCAGCUGUGUCCAAUCACAGCUGAUCACAUGGGACAUGUACACUGAUCAUCAGGGCACUGAUGAUCAGUGUGCCCUGAUGAUCAGUGUGGCCCCAGAAGUGCCACCUGUCAGUGUCCAUAAGUGCCAGCAGUCAGUGCCAUGUGCCAGUGCCACAUAUCAGUGCAUACCAGUGCACAUCAGUGCCACAUAUCAGUGCCCAUCUCAGCUUCCUUUCAAUGUCACCCAUCAGUGCCAGUCAGUGCUGCCUAACAGUGCCAUGUAUCAGUGCUGCCUAACAGUGCCCAUCAGUGAUGCCUGUCAAUGCCUAUCA